AUGUGCUCAAUAAGCAAGGCACCCAAAGGAUUAAGAUCAUAUGACUUAAGAACCAGUAAACGAGACUGCAGCCAAUCCAGAAUCUUUGCUGACAACCUUAACAUUCCACAGAGUUUUGAGAAUUCAAUUCCCCAGUGUAGCAGGAAAUCAAAACGUUGUUGUAGUUGGCUGCUACUGCUAUUCAGUUUAGCUAAGGCUUUCACUGUAAACUUAUUCUCUCCAAACCCUAUGCCAUGCGUCGGCGACGGAGGCGGUGGCGGAGUACGAGCUGAAGGAUGGACUCAACGAGAAGAAGUGAAUCUUGUGGACCAUCCAGAGGAAGAAGAAAACGAGGGCCGAGGGUUGGAAGAAAGAUCCCGAGAAAAAGUCGACUUCGUUAAUGGGGUGGUACCUAAGAAAGCGCCGAAAGGACUUGGGGAAAGUGGAGGGGGAGAAAGGAACCUAAGCGACGACACUGGAGAGGGAAUGAGGGAAAUUGUUGGCAAUGUGGUCAGCAUAAGGGAAGGGUAUGGAGCAGGUGGUGUGGAGGUAGUCCGCCAGUUGCUUCUGGGCUUCUUGUAUGACUUGGAGCCUGUGCUUCCAAGGGAUUCUUGA